CUCUCUCUCUCUCUCUCUCUCUCUCUCUGUGGGCAGAUGCAGUCAAGAAAAUAGUACUUGUCCGUCUCUCAGAAACCCAAGUAUGGAUCAGUGACAAAUUUUCAUCAAGUGGAACGAGUCUUUGAGUCCACCAUGGCUCUAUACAAUCAAACAUGCAUGAUUUUCACUGAAAAGCCCCUCCUUUUCAGUAGGAUCACCCCCUAUCAGACCAUUUCUUCAAUUGAAAGGCCCCAUUUUCUCAGAAUGGUUCUUUCGAGGUCUCCAAUGGGUUUCUCUAGUUUUGUACCAGUUACUAGAAAUGGUGCUCAAAUUGUUGUUAAAUGUGGAUAUUUGGGGGAAAAUGAUGAUGGGUUUUACAUGAGGAGGUGUGUGGAGGUGGCUAAGAAGGCCAUUGGGUGCACCAGUCCUAAUCCAAUGGUGGGAUGUGUGAUUGUGAAGGAUGGGAAGAUUGUGGGAGAAGGGUUUCAUCCUAAGGCAGGCCAGCCCCAUGCUGAGGUGUUUGCACUAAGAGAUGCAGGGGCUAUGGCUGAGCAAGCAACUGCAUACGUAAGCUUGGAACCAUGUAACCAUUAUGGAAGAACUCCUCCAUGCACUGAAGCUCUAAUUCGAGCUAAGGUUAAGAGGGUGGUUGUGGGAAUGGUGGAUCCUAAUCCUAUAGUUGCUUCAAAAGGAGUAGAAAGGCUCAUACAAUCUGGGAUUUCAGUAACAGUGGGUGUAGAGGAAAAGUUGUGCAGGAGACUUAAUGAGGCUUAUAUCCAUAGGAUGCUUACUGGGAAGCCAUUCUUCACUCUAAGGUACUCACUAUCAUUCAACGGCCAAAUCUUAAACCACAUUGCAAACCAUGAUGAAGAACCUGGCAGCUACUAUUCAAAACUCCUACAAGAAUAUGAUAGUGUUAUCGUCUCAGAAUCCACCCUCACCAACAACCCAUUUUUUCUCUCACUAGAACCCGGAGCUAAACAGCCCCUCAGAAUCAUACUUGCAAAAACUCUAAAUUUUAAUCACAAUCUCAGCAUUUUCAAUACCGAAGCUGCUUCAACUCUUAUUCUUGCAAACAAAAGCCUACAGAGGGAGACAAAAACGGAGUCUUUUUUGAGCCACAAGGGAGUAGAAAUUGUGGUUUUGGAUCGAAUUGAUGCAAAAUCGAUACUAGAAUUAUGUUCAAAACGUGGGUUUUGCAGUGUUUUGAUGGACUUGAGAGGUGGUAAGCUUUGCUUGGAUCAUGAGAUAUUGAGAGAGAGUUUAAAGGAAAGUUUGUUGCAAAAAGUGGUAGUUGAAGUUUGUGGAGUGAUAGGAGGGGCUGAACGAGAUCAUCUUGUGGGCAUAGAGAGAGAGCUUAGAUUGGAAAGAUUGCAGAGUUGGGCAUCAAAGGACAGCAUUGUGAUGGAGGGAUAUGUUUUGUAGAGGGUGGUGACCUCGCUCUCUUGUUUGUUGUUUUGCUGUUCAGCACUCUCUUUCCAUUCUUUAUGUUCUUUCAUUGAUAGUAACAUCAGUAAUAUCACAAAUGUAUGAUCAAACAGAGCUGUACAGCACAUAAAACAUGCCAAUGAAGAUUGAUAUUUCUUUCUCCCACCCUCUCUGUGUGAAUUCUUGACCUACCCAUUUCUCAAAGUUGCAUUGACUUUGUGGCUUAUUUCUUGUCACUUAUUUGAGCACUGUUCAGUGAAAGGAGUGGCCUGGUUUCUUGUCAGUAAUGAGAGGUCCAUUGAAGCUGCUCAAGUGACUGUACAAUGAGUCAAUGGAUGCCUUUGGCUGUGAAUUGGGAGAAGGUGGAAUUCUAGCAUUUGGAAACCUAUUCAUGGUGCUCAAUUGUAUGUAGUGCAUGCCUGCAACUACUCCGGGACGAUUAAUUUUUGAGGGAGAUAGAUCACUUAUGUUGGGAAAAAGCUUUGAUGAUGAUGAGAUCAUAUGCUUUGUAAUUAAUAAGUGAUUAUUUUAUGUAAUAGUUAUGUUUCAUGUUUCAAAAUUACAA